GAAUUCGACAGUUACGUUACCUUGACAACAGCUUUCUGAUGUUAGUGUUAUUUUAUUAAUUUAUUGAAUUUUUACGUGAAUUAUUAAUAUAAUCUGUCAUUAUUAUUCAUGAAUAUGGAUUCGACAACCGAUACUGUGAACUACAACAUAGAUUUAAAGACAUCCCAAGAGAAUAUUCUGCUGGAAAUUAUUAAAGAAGUCUGCAGUGACCCCAACAGCAAGAUUUCAUCAAAACUAAUUGGCAACGUUAACAGGAUUAUUGCGGACUGUGAUUUAUCUCAUUAUUCUAGUUUACACAAGCUAAGCACAGUGGAUGAAAGUACAUCAACAGUACUAGGUCUCAUGAACCAAACAACAAAGGAACUCAGCUAUGAUGAGCAAUCGGAGUUGAUGCAGGCUAUAUCAGCUAAGAUCCAGGCGAAACUUCCAGCAUACAUAGCAGAGCUGGAACAGCUUAAGCGAACCAGCCUGUCCAGCAAAGAUGCUCGCAAACAGAAGAUCCAGGAGCUUCAGGAGAGUUUGGAUGAUAAGCUCAACACUUUGCAAGAACAAGAAAAUGAAAAAGUGGAGCUGAUGAUGGAAUGGCUUAAUCACCGGCUGCAUGAUGCUACCAAGUUCAGCGAGUCCUCCACAGAGCUCCUCACUCUCAAGGCCAAGAGUUUGGAUCUGAAAUCCAAAAUACUACACCUUCAGAUCCUGCAGAACAUCUUCACAGAGACCAGCCAAUCCAUCAAGGCAUACAGCGAAGUGUACAAAGAUCUGAAGGACAACAUCAAAGAUGCGGAGGCCAGGAUCAAGCAGUAUAGAGAAAUCAUUGACAGUGAUUUCAAGAUGGGUGCUAAUAAAUAGUUAGU